CACAAUUUAACCUGAAUUUCGUCAACUUCAUCCGUACAAUACCAUAGACGUUUGUUUUGUAUCACACUUCGAUUUUGGACACAUAUCACUAUGUCGGACCAAAAGGAUCAAAUGAUCGACAUUACGGUCGAUUUCUCUGGCGGCCUCGAAAUUCUCUUCUCCAACCAGAAACAUCAUGCUCUCUCAGUACCAGCUCAGGACGCCCAAGGCAAGCCAGCAAACGUCGGCUUCCUCAUCAACUAUCUCUGCCAGACGCUCAUGACCGACCCACGCGCUGAUCUGUUUGUGCUCGGUGGUGAACUCCGCCCAGGUAUCUUGUGUCUGAUCAAUGACUGUGACUGGGAGCUGGAAGAGGAAGAUGCCUACGUGCUUCAGCCAGGAGACAAUAUUCUCUUUAUCUCUACGCUUCACGGUGGUUAGUGCACCAAGUGAUGACGGUUGGGGGUUUUGAUGGACAGCGGAGCGAUGAUAUAUGCAGUUGCCACCCGUCCCCUUUGUUUCAUACAUGAUAAUGACUGACCGUUAUCAAAAGGUCAGUCUCUACACAGCGAUGAGUAGGUAGUACUCUAAUAUUUGAGAAAUAUGGCUUAGUUGUGUUCCUGGACCUGACGUGACGUUAAACAUGAACACGGCGAGUGCAUGCUGUCCGCGACACAGCACAACCCUCCGGCCUGAUCGGCUCACAGCGUCAUCCCACCACACCCAUAUUUCAUCCGAAC